CACUACUACUACGCCACUAGCAGCUACUGCGACUCUGCAAGCAGCCUUGUCUGUUACCCGCGAACGGCUUGGGUUAGUCAGUUCACAUACGCUACGAACACAGAUCGGUGUGCUUCUGGAUAGAAAACGGCAUAGGGUUUCCGCAACGCAAAGGCUUCUGCAGCCUUGUGUGUCGGUCAGCGGUCGGAUUACACCGCGUCUUUACCUGUCGCAUGGCGUCCUCUCCUUCAAACCAACAAACCCUAUCGGGUUUCCCUUUGCUCACUGCUGAGGAAUUUGAUGCCGCUUGCUGCGCCUUUUUGGAUCGAGUUCACGUGGUAGGUGAUGCUGCGGUGGGAUGGUCAUCGAUCCAAGUCCAUCAACGAGCAACGGGCUCAAUUCUGCGCAUAUCGCGAUAUAUUGGCCUUGAUAGCUCCUCCCAUCCUGAUGGGCCGUGGCAAGGCUCUAGGAUGGAUCAAGAAUCGCAAUGGGAGGCCCUGGAGGAUGACCCUGAAGCUCUUAUCCGUACGCCUGUGCCGGUUGCCUGUUUACAGGUGCUCUAUGAUGUUCUUCUUUCCCCCACGUACCAAGUCCCCGUUUUGUAUUUCCAGUUACGAGAGGAUAACCAGCCGGCGCCGCUGGAAAUUGACACGGUUUACCAAUACCUAGUACCGGACCAGUACAAGAAAGAACUUCGGAAUGUUGGUAUCAUGGGUGGUAUUAGUUUCGGUUAUCAUCCAGACUCCGGAACACCGGCGUUUUUCGUUCAUCCAUGCCAAACGACGGAUGCGAUGAGGCGUAUCGCUGAGCAGCAAUGCGUCACUCCUGAGGCUUACCUCAUAAUCUGGCUAGGACUCGUGGGUAAUCGUCUCGGCCUUCAGCUGCCAAAGGAACUCUUCACUACAGAGAGUAUGCCGAAGUUCCAAGGCGCGAUGUGA